AUGACGGGCGACGAAUACUUCCCCGAGCGGGCGAGUCUCCCAACCCCAAGCUCAACCAAGUCCUUCUGGCAUAGUGAGCCUUCGAAGGUCCUUCUCGGCCAUCGAACCACUCCGUCUCUCCCCCUCAAAGCGGACAUAGUAAUCAUCGGGAGCGGCAUCUCUGGAGCAUCUGCUGCAUUGCACCUCCGCGAGGAGCUCAAUAACAAGGAUGUCAACGUCGUCAUGCUCGAGGCCCGAGAAGCCUGCUGGGGAGCAACAGGUCGCAAUGGAGGCCAUUGCCAACCCUUGAUAUACGAUUCGACUCCCGAAGUUGGAGCCUUUGAGCUUCGCAAUUACGAGGCUAUUAGAUCUCUUAUCGCCACCCAUAAUAUCCCCUGUGAAUGGAAGAGUAUUCCGGGGUGCCACGCCUUCAUGUCUUCAUCCAUGUUCGAAACUGCCGUCAAGGGAGUGGAGACCCUCAAGAAGACAGACCCGGAAUUAGGAAAGCUUGUUUCUGUCAUCACGAAGGAAUCAACGAAUCCUUCAUUGGAGGAUCUUCGAGUACCCAGAGCAGCAGGCGCAAUUCUCCAGGUUCAUGCCGCAAGUCUCUGGCCUUACAAAUUCGUCUCCUGGAUCCUGGAAUCCCUAAUCGCGAGCAGUUUCCUCAAUCUUCAAACAAAUACCCCCGUAACCAAUCUCCAGAAAAUGGACAAGGGAUGGAUCAUCCACACGCCUCGUGGCAUGCUCUCUGCUCCUACCGUCCUCCUAACUACCAAUGCCUACACCUCACACCUCCUCCCCGCCUUCAGCGAUUUGAUAGUCCCUGUACGGGGGGAGAUGAGUGCCCUGCUCCCACCAAAAUCCGUAACGCCCUUAAGUAGCACCAUGCACAAGCCAUUAGAAUGCUCCUACGGGUUCCUAGGCCACGGAAAGCAAAGUACCGACCAAGACGACUACCUCAUCCAACGACCCUUCACCCACGAUGGGAAAAGCGGUGGCCAGCUGAUGUUUGGGGGAGCGCGCUCUUACGCCGAGAAUGCAGGUAUUGGCGUCUCUGACGAUUCUGCCAUCGACCCCCCCGCCGCCGCCUAUCUCCGCAGAGAGAUAAACGUCCUUCUCGAACUCGAGAAUGAGGGGAAGGAAUUACAGGCUAGCUGGGAAUGGAGCGGGAUUAUGGGGUAUAGUCGGGAUGGACAUCCAUGGGUGGGCCAGGUGAGCCCGGAGUUGGGGGUCGGUGGCGGCGAGGGAUUGUGGCUCUCUGGAGGGUUUACGGGGCAUGGUAUGCCUAAUGCUUGGCUGUGUGGCAAAGCAGUUGCGCAAUUGAUAUUGGGGCGUGAGAUGGCAGAUGUCGAUGUACCGGAGGGGUAUAAGUUGAGUAAAGAGAGGAUUGAGAGAGUGAGAACUCAUAAGGCGGUGUGGUUGGCGGAGAGCGAGGCUUAG